UGGUUCCCCCCACUAUCUCAAUCCCUUUCCUCUCAGGACUCUAUGGCUUCCUGAUUCCCUGUUGCUUUUCUUUCCCCUCUCCUUGAUCCACCUCUUUUCCCUGCUACCCUCCCCCAAACCCCUCACAGUGAUUUCCCUCUCCUCACAGGCCCUGCUGUCCCCUCCCAAUUCUUCCACUUUUUUUGCGCCUGUGAUGCUCCUGUAAAUAAGUUCUUCACUGUCCCGUGCAUACAUGUACUUGAGCACAUAACAAUUAACUUCACUUUGACUUCCUUUUCCCUAACUCUCCUGAUCUACUUCUGCUCUUUGUUCCCCUGUUCCCAGAGGGGCCUCUGUUCCCCUGCAUUCCUUCUCCCUUAGGAUUUCCCACUGAUUUACCUACAGCCCCCCAUUCCUCCCUCCCAGGGAGGUUGAGUAUGCUGGGGCUUUCCUCUUUGGAGGAUGAGAGGUGACUUGAUAGAGGUGUACAAGAUGAAUAAGAGGCAUAGCUGGAGUGGACAGUCAGAGACUUUUUCCCAGGGCUACAAUGGCUAACAUGAGGGGGCCCAAUUUUAAGGUGAUUGAAGGAAAGUAUAAGGCGAAUGUCAGAGUGUGUACGACCCAUGCUGUCCCUGCCCUCCUGGUGUUUGAUAGGACAGUGUUGAGCUGGCUUUGUAUCUAACCUGCGUUGAAUCAGUACCUUCGAGAGGUUUGCAAGUGCCUGGUGAAAGGUUUGUUGAUAACUGAAGCAAACAUGUCUUCAUGGAGUGAGAAGCUGAAUGCCGACCUAUCUGGGGCGAUGGAUGGCAGUACCAUGAAGAAGUAUCGGCGUGAGGCUUACCAUCGAGUUUUUGUUAACCGCAGUCUGGCCAUGGAGAAGAUCAAGUGCUUUGGAUUUGACAUGGACUACACCCUAGCAGUGUACAAGUCUCCUGAAUAUGAGUCUCUGGGUUUCGACCUGACUGUCGAACGCCUAAUCUCCAUUGGGUAUCCUCAGGAGCUGGGCAACUUUGUCUAUGACCCUACGUUCCCAACCAGAGGCCUGAUUUUUGACACGUCGCACGGGAACUUGCUGAAGGUUGAUGCCUACGGGAACAUCCUGGUCUGUGCCCAUGGGUUCAACUUCAUGAAGGGGCCAGAAAUCAGAGAACAAUACCCAAACAAAUUUAUUCAGAGGGAUGACACUGAACGGUUCCACAUCCUCAACACCCUCUUCAAUCUUCCUGAGACCUACCUGUUUGCUUGCCUGGUUGAUUUUUUCACCAAUUGCCCCCGAUACACAAGCUGUGAGACCGGAUUUAAAGAUGGGGACCUCUUCAUGUCCUUCAAGAGUAUGUUUCAGGAUGUGCGGGAUGCUGUCGACUGGGUCCACUAUAAGGGAUCUUUGAAAGAGAAGACUUUAGAAAACCUGGAGACCUAUGUUGUUAAAGAGCCCAAACUGCCGCUGCUGCUCAGUCGGAUGAAUGAAGUUGGCAAAGUGUUUCUGGUCACCAACAGCGACUACAAGUACACCAAUAAGAUCAUGACCUACAUGUUUGACUUUGGACACGGCCCCAUGCCUGGAACCCCUCACCGACCCUGGCAGUCAUACUUUGACCUGGUUGUGGUGGAUGCUCGGAAGCCACUGUUUUUCAGUGAGGGAACGGUUCUGCGACAAGUGGACAAGUCAACUGGCCACUUGAAGAUUGGCACACACACGGGACCUCUCCAGCACGGCAUCGUGUAUUCCGGAGGUUCUUCGGAUAUUAUGGGGGACCUUCUGGGGGCAAAAGGCAAAGACAUCCUCUACAUUGGCGAUCACAUCUUUGGUGACAUCCUGAAAUCCAAGAAGCGGCAGGGCUGGAGGACGUUCCUGGUCAUCCCAGAACUCGCACAAGAGCUGCAUGUCUGGACAGACAAGAGCACCCUGUUUGAGGAGUUGCAGAGUCUGGAUGUGUUUCUGGCAGAACUCUACAAACACUUGGACAGCAGCAGCAAUGAGCGCCCUGAUAUCAGUGCCAUUCAGAGACGCAUCAAGAAAGUCACUCAUGACAUGGACAUGUGCUACGGGAUGAUGGGCAGCCUGUUCCGCAGUGGCUCCCGGCAGACGCUCUUUGCCAGUCAGGUCAUGCGCUAUGCAGAUCUCUAUGCAGCCUCUUUCAUCAACCUACUGUACUACCCCUUCAGUUACCUCUUUCGUGCUGCCCAUGUCUUGAUGCCCCAUGAGUCGACUGUGGAGCACAGCCAUGUUGAUAUUAAUGAUGUCGAGUCUCCAAUGGCAACACGUAACCGCUCGACCAGCUCCAUGGAUAUUAAAGAUACUGAAUUCAAAAGGCACCAACUGACCAGAUCAAUCAGUGAGAUCAAACCUCCUAACCUUUUCCCACAAACUCCACAAGAGAUUACACAUUGCCACGAUGAAGAUGACGAUGAGGAGGAGGAGGAGGAGGAGUAGCAGCAAUGAAACUUGAUCCUGAUCCCACCCCAUGGAACUGAGGAACGGUUUGAGGCUUGCACAAUGAAGAUUGGUGAUCUGGUUCACACUGGUGAUCAUUGUGACAUACAAAGGGACAAGAGUUGGUUUUAAUCCUGGAAAAUAAUGGCUGAAUGAUACUGACUUUUUCCAUUUUUCUAAGUGAUUUGGCAAUUAUACCGAUGUUUGCAUAACGGGUCAGAAGUUUGCAAUGGAUAUGGGAGACAGCUGAAUAGUGUGUCACUUCUGUGAUGACCUGGUUUGAUGUUUGAGAAGGAAGUGAUUGCAUGAUUCAGCCUGUAUCCCUUGAUCCCUGAUUUAAUGCAGCACAAGGUACAGAGAAAAUGCUUGUGACAACUUGUGAAUGCAAGUCCCCAUGCUUCAAUAAUUUGAACCUCAUGGAUCUGUUUAGUGGGCCCUGCUUGUUUAUGAGGGUUUGGAUGUAUUGGUGUGUGGUGUAAUCAGAUUUAAAUAUCUAUUUUAAUCAAAGCACAAACUAGUUGGUGUUCACCCAGAAUAAGUCGUGACAGACCAGGCCAGUGGGGGGGAUGGCAGUCCCAUCCUUCACUGAUGCUGUUUAUCCAUUGUGCUUUAUGACUAUGCAAAGUAGAAGUUGCAGAAUGCACCAAGGGCCAACAUGGAAUCGCUGCUGAAGCUCGGUUAUACUUUAGUAAGGUGCCUCCUACAUUUCCUGGUUGAACUGAGCCUCUGCUCAGGAAUUGUAUUGUGAGCAGAAUAGGAAAGCCAGGCUGCAGCUUUCUCUGAGGAACCAGUCCAUGGUCCUCAGUGCAUUAAAACAAUUGUGUGUCGAGUUGACCGUUUCAUUCAGUCCAGUCCCUGGACGAAAUUUAAACAUUCCCAGUAGAUUAGAGGGAACUUCUGUUUCAGACCCCGGGGGAGUGUGUGACAGGAUGGUGUGGCGGGAGCUUCACUUCGUUACCUCACCUUGAUAAUAACUUUUCACCUAAAAUUCAUUGUGCUACGAGCAAGGAGGUACAGGAUGACAGUGACUGAGCCAUUCCACAGCAGCAGGCUGGUUUGCUUGGACAAUUUGUCACUGGGUGUAUUGGGUUGAUCAGCUCAGGCCCUGCAUAAUCAAUAGGACAAGAGCAACCUUGUCCUGUCAGCCAGUUCACAGCACAUGAUGCUGACGUGGGUAGUUCUGUUUUAGAUAAAGAGUCAGAUUGGGCUCACUCUGUGCCUUGUUUAGUUUCCCUGUAUCCUAAUUUCCUUGAGUUUAAGGUAGUGAUAAACUAACAACUAGGCAUCUGAAUUCCAAAAAUUUGCAACAUUGUGAUAUUCUCCUAAUCAGUCAUAAAUGCCCUCUUCUACAUUGUGUGAAAAUUCAUAAGUUCUGGUCCCAGAGGAAUCUCUCAUCUGGGCAUGGCCUUGUCACCAGUGUUUGAUUGCUGUAAAAUCGUGAGUAAUUUCAGUAUUCUGCAGCGUCUGCCACUGAAGCAGUAUGGUUCUUCAGUGGGCCUACAAACACCUGUAGGGGCUGUUCAUUUAACACCUGGUUUUGACUUUGCAAAGUUAUAGCUGAUUACAUCUUUUCAGCUGUUUGUCAGUGAAGCUGGGCAGCAAGGCACUGCUCUUACUGGGUGGCUUUAGGAAAAGCAAAGCCAGCUAGCAUGGACAGCACAUCUUCAGACCCUUGUUUAAAUCUCCUCACAGCAGAACCGAUGAAAACAGCAACUGUGCAAUUCAGUAGCAUGUGGAAAGGAAAUGUGGGAGAACCAUUUCAGAGCAAGAUUUGUUGAUCAUCAAAAUUGCACAGAAGCCUGGGCCUGUAGCUUCUAGCCCAGGCCCAGUACACACUGAACAUACUGCAGACUCUGGGUUUUCCUUGAGUAAUCUGUUCCGAUUUCCUUUUCCACUGUAAAAAUGUAUCUGAUUCCAUUUCUAAAAUAAAGGAUGAAAUAUGCAGUG